UGCAUUGACUUGCCGAAGUUGAGGGCUGACGAAAUACCUCUAGAGAUUAAUGAAUCGGAAAAGACGCCCACGUGGAUUGCUCCUUCCAAUUCUCUGAUGAUGCAAGGCUUUGAAUGGCAUGUCCCGGCUGAUCAACUCCAUUGGAAACGUCUUCAAAAGGCAAUGCCCGGCCUCCGUGAUAUUGGGGUAGACAAUCUGUGGAUACCUCCAGGCUGCAAGGGAAUGGACGCAUCAGGGAUUGGCUACGAUCUAUACGACCUGUGGGACUUGGGAGAAUUCCAUCAAAAAGGAUCGCGAGCAACGCGUUGGGGCCCCAAAGAGGAUCUAUCAGAAAUGAUGCAGACGGCACAAGAUGUCGGGGUUAGAAUUUGUUGGGACACAAUCCUGAACCAUAAAGCUGGAGCAGACAUGACCGAAACCUUUCAAGCGACGAAAGUAGACCCGGAAGAUCGGAAUUAUGCGAUUUCACCACCCGAGAAUAUAUCGGGUUGGGUCCGAUUCGACUUUGCCGGUCGCAAAGGGAAGUAUAGCUCUAUGAAAUAUCGUUAUCAGCAUUUUAAUGGUGUCGAUUGGGACGAAACACGGAAGGAAAAUGCAAUCUAUAAGAUUGCAGGGACUGGGAAGGACUGGGCCAAGGAUGUGAGUGAUGAGCACGGUAACUACGACUAUCUGAUGUUUGCCAAUCUGGAUCACACCAACCCGGAAGUCCGAGCCGAUAUCUUUCAAUGGUCGGAAUGGAUUGGAACUGAGCUACCAAUCAGCGGAAUGCGAAUCGAUGCUGCUAAACAUUACUCUGUCGCAUUUCAGAGAGACUUUGUCAAUCAUCUAAGAUGCACGGUUGGUACUAACUACUUCCUUGUUGGGGAAUACUGGAGGGGGGAAGUAAACCUGCUUCUGAGAUACCUCAAAGUUAUGAACUAUGAAAUCUCCUUAUUUGAUGUACCUCUGCUGGGCCGUUUUGCAGUCACUUCGCAGACCGAGGGAGCCGAUCUGCGGAAAAUGUUCAAAGGUACAUUAGUGGAGCAAAGCCCAAAGCAUGCAGUAACAUUCGUGGGAAACCAUGACACGCAACCUGGCCAAUCUUUAGAGACAAUCAUCAUACCAUUUUUUAAGCCAAUUGCCUACGGGUUGAUUCUGCUUCGCAGUCAAGGCCAGCCAUGCGUGUUCUAUGGGGACUUGUACGGCCUUCGAGGUGGUCCGGCAUCUCUUGCUCAACCCGCUUGCUCGGGCAAGCUCCCGAUCCUGAUGCAAGCUCGCAAGCUUUACGCCUACGGAGAACAACGGGACUACUUCGACAAGCGACAUUGCAUAGGCUUUGUGCGCUACGGCACUGUCCACCACCCAUGGGGCCUCGCUUGCAUCGUUAGCAACACUGUCGCUACCUAUAAGCGCAUGUAUGUCGGCGCCAAGCACAUGGGAGAAGAAUGGACGGAUAUAUUAGACUGGUGCAUCGAGACGGUCAUCAUCGACCAUCGUGGAUAUGGGAUCUUUCCAGUUGCCGCAAAGAGUAUCAGUGUUUGGGUUAAUAAUAAAGCCAAGGGACGAAAGAGCCUCGCUCGGCCUUUCGAUACUAAUAUUUAUGAUCUUUGA